UCAUCGAAUUUCCAGAUGAUUUGUUUACACAUAAGGAACGACAGUAUGGUGGAGUUCUCCUUCAUAUUUUCUUUGCACUCUAUAUGUUUUAUGCCUUGGCUAUAGUAUGUGAUGACUUCUUUGUCCCAUCCUUAGAGAAAGUCUGUGAUAAACUGCACUUGAGUGAAGACGUUGCUGGUGCGACUUUUAUGGCUGCAGGAAGUUCUACUCCUGAACUAUUCGCCUCCGUCAUCGGUGUGUUCAUCACUCAUGGAGACGUAGGAGUAGGAACUAUAGUUGGAUCUGCUGUCUUCAACAUCCUGUGUAUAAUUGGUGUCUGUGGAGUAUUUGCGGGGCAGGUAGUACCUCUGGCUUGGUGGCCUUUGUUUCGGGAUUCUUUCUGCUACACACUGGCUGUGAUUUUGCUUAUUAUUUUCAUUUAUGAUGAGAAGAUUGUCUGGUGGGAAGCCCUUAUCCUCAUUAUUAUGUAUGUGUUCUACAUUCUUGUCAUGAAGUUCAACACAAGGUUACACAGUUUAUUCACACCGAAGGAGAAGGUGGAUAAGAGCAUGGCGAAUGGCCGUGUGUCGUGCAGUGAGCUCCAGGAUGUAAAAUCAAACAGCUAUGAUGGUAGAAACUCUGUGGUGAUGGUCGAUGAAAUUAUUUGUUCUAGUCCGCCCAAACUUCGAUUUUCAGAUGCAGGAUUACGAAUCAUGAUUACUAGUAACUUUGGACCAAAGACAAGGCUUCGAAUGGCCAGCAAACUUAUAAUCAAUGAGCGCCAGAGACUUGUUCAUUCUGCCAAUGGUAUGGAUAAAGUAUCCACAGAGAAAAAACUUGAACAAAUUGAAAAUGGCACAGUCCCCGUAGACAAACAAGAGGAUCUGACUGAAAGCGAGAGUGAGUUUUUCUCUCCAUUUUCUGUUCCAGGAGGUGGAAUGAACAUUGCAAAGUGGAUUUUUUCCUGGCCACUGAUAUUCUUGCUUUAUUUUACUGUCCCAAACUGUAACAAGCCUCGUUGGGAGAAUUUCUUUAUGCUUACCUUCAUCUUUUCCACAUUGUGGAUUGCAAUAUUUUCGUACAUUAUGGUUUGGAUGGUGACAGUAAUUGGUUAUACGCUGGGAAUUCCGGACGUCAUCAUGGGCAUUACCUUCCUCGCUGCAGGGACCAGCGUACCAGACUGUAUGGCCAGUUUAAUCGUUGCAAGACAAGGACUUGGCGAUAUGGCAGUGUCUAAUUCAAUUGGAAGCAAUGUGUUUGAUAUCCUUGUGGGCCUUGGAGUACCGUGGGGUCUUCAAACAAUAGUAAUCAAUUUUGGAUCAUUUGUUAAAAUAAAUAGUAAAGGUUUACUUUAUUCAGUGAUACUCUUACUAGGAUCUGUGGCCCUAACAGUAUCUGGCGUCCACGUCAACAAAUGGAAGCUUGACAAAAAACUGGGAUGCUAUGUCUUGAUCCUUUAUGGGAUUUUCCUGUGUUUCUCAAUAAUGAUAGAGUUCAACGUUUUCACAUUUGUGAAUUUGCCAAUGUGCCACUAUGACUUUUAAAUACAAGGCACAGUCCUGGGUACGAGAAUGAAUUUCAUGCUGUGAUCCGUGAACAAAUGAAGCAUAUCUGCAUCUUCUAUCAUGGCAGAUCUGAACAGCAAAGCGGUGCUGUAAUCAGAUUGGCAGGAGCUGUCCUUUGUAAUCCUCCGAGAUCAUAUUUAAUCCUCAUAAUAGGACCAUCCAGAAUCUUGCAUUCUCCACAUGGAGUUUACAAAACAAGUUCAGGUGAAUAGUUGUCUCACAGGGUUACUACUGCACAUGAAUAUUUUCACUUCUGAUGUGAUUAAUUUUUUUCACUCCUCUGUAGUGAGUCACAAAAUGGGUAGGAUAUUCAGCAUCUUAGAGAGAAGAGCAACACUGACUUCUGCUUGUGGUGACGGUUCUCAGGAGUGCAGUUUGUUCUCUGUUAUUUACUGCAGGUGAUGCUGUGUUGUUAAACCAUUUAAAUUUCUUGAUAAAAUGAGGAUGAACAAAGUGCAGAACUAUGUACUAUGGAGCAAAGAGAACACUGACAUUUUCACUUAAAAGAAAGAUGAUGUCUGCAUUGCCUCAGGGCCCACUGCAUUGUUAAAAGCACAGAACAUUUGGAUAACUUUUUUUCUGUAUUCACAUGAAAAGUGAGACGAAGCAUAACUUGAUAAAAUAAAUUUAAUACCAUUUCACCUUUGCUUGUAAAGACUGGAGUUUUUCACCUUUUUGAUGAAAGAAGAGGAGUUCCUCGAAAGCAAGUUUCUUUUUCAGCUGGAUUCAUACUUGAAUUUGUCAGUCUAUCUGUGUAAGGACUGCAGAUGCAUUUACAGUUUGCAGACACGAAAAAUGUAUAGAGCACAUUUAAAGCAGUUAGUAUUUUACUUUUUUGAUAGAACACUUGAGAAAUUAAUUGGCCUUUUGCAGCCACUAUGUAGAAAAAUCUGUCCAUGUUUCUGAAGGCUGUUGUACCACAGCACCAUAUGGUGUAUUAUUUUGCAAUCGUGGUUAUUACAGCAUUGAACUUGAAACUGUUCUGACUAAAAUUAACUUUGUCCAUGGAGUAGGAAGUGAAACUAGCAUUUUUUUUGCGGGGUGGGGGGGUAUUCUGUAAAGUUUUCUUUUCUAAAUGGGAGAAUUUUAUAAAAGAAUGAGAUUGCCUAGAAUAAGGCAUGUAAUACUCAAUAUUAUGUAAGAAUAUAAUCUUUGAAAUCAGUAUAAACAUGUCUGCAUGUCAACAAAAAUGACAGGACUGAAUGUAUUUUUGUUUGUUGCCAUUUUUCUUGUGAAUGUCCAGAAAAGUGUAUCUGCACUGCCCCACUUAAAUCUUUUACUGUAUAAAGACUGAGGAAUGUCAUGUGAUCUUAUAUUCCAUCUUUAAUGCUCACUUUCAGGAGACUGAGUGCAUGUGCUUCUAGACAAUAGGUUUUAUUGUGCUAAUUUUGUGCAUAAAAUAUUGCAGUCAGUAUGCAGUCUUGCACGAGUAUGGCAACUGCUGUAAAACAGGGCAUUAAUGACGUUUCACAGAGAACACUGAGCUUUGUUUCAUGUCUUCCUGCAACAACAUUCGCAUGUCACUCUUCAGUUACUGUUUGCUGCUACGUUGAAUCUGUAGCAGACCAUCACUGCUACUAUAUUCCUACACCUGAACAUCAGAUUUAUUAAGGUACAUGCAAUCAGGUACAUACAAUAAAAUGCAUAAAUAUCUAAAUAAAAAAGUAUACAUGUGGUAAGGCUAACAAAGGUAGGUACCCUUCAUCUGUCAGUGGUUAGUAUCAGUCUGACUUGGGUUUGUGUCUAUUGUAACACGAGUCCUUCAUUUGGCAGUAUUAGGUUGAAGUUGUUAGUGGAUUCUGAUUCAUAACAUCAACAAUUGGGAAUUCUUGCUAGCAGUUGCAUCUCAGGGCACAAUAAGCUGACAUGCUGCAGGUAGCAAGUUUUUUAUAAAUGGGGAUGUUUACCCUCACAAGAAUGCUUUCAGUAGAAACGCAUGGAUUUGCCACUUGUUGGCCAGUUUUGGGUUGUAUGGGGUUGAUUAAUCAUCUCCUUCCCUCAUAACAAGAUAAAACAACCUUAGGAUUGACUGAGACCUGUGGAGCUGCCUCUCCCUCCAUCAGAAAACAUAGAUUUUAUCAAAUACUGGUAAUGUGAAGUUGAUUUUGACCAAACAGUACAUAAACUACUCGCCUGCUUUAAUACCAAUCAAUGGCAUCUUGAAAAAGAGCAGAUAUUGUCACGUACCGCCAUGAUGAAUAUUUCACUAGCCAUCUCAAGCAGCCAUAUGCUACAGUAUGUUUCCCUCAACCAGUGGAGUAAUUUGUUGGGGAAAUAUUUUUUUUUCAAGCAGCAUUUACUCAUUCACUUUAUAUCCUGAAAGGAAACGCUUCAUAUAGGAAAACAUGCCGAUUAAUUUAUCCCAACAAGUAAAAUCUAAUUCUUAAGAGCAUGGCAGUUUGUUUAAUGCAUUUCCCUAUAAAGUAUAAUUUCAACAUUUUGAUUGACUGUAGAUCCCGGACAAAGUUUCAAAUAGGUGAAUGUUCCCCUUGGAGUGGUGGCAUAUGGGUUUUCUUCUUCUCAAACCAGUUACUUUGGAAACUUUUUGUUAGAAAAUUGUUAUACUUGUUGAAUCUAAAAAAUGUUAUUUAAAAAAUAUGCAGCUGGCCUGAUGAAUGAUUUUCAUGCAUUUUGGGAGACCCAAGCAGCAGACCCCCUCUUAAAAAAUGGGCAGGUAUGUACCUGGAACCACUACAUUGGAUCUGUCUCUGAUACCUGUUUAUAAUGAAGUAAUAAGCAAAAGCUUUUUCUACGCCUAUCAUGAAUUAACUUUUUGUAAUAGUAAGAAUAGCCUUUGAAUUAACUCCUCCUUCAAGGGAAUAACAUUCCCUUUUUUAACAGUACUUAAGUUGAAUCUGAUAUGGGGAGCUAGGAACCAGUUGGUUCCUUGACAUGUGAGGCAACCUGCCUAGUCUAUUUUGCUGUGCUUCAAAUGGCUAUAGUGCUGCAAUGUAUUUUUUGAUCUGGCAACUUUUUAUCAGUUUCUCCUCAGAAUUCAUUUGUCUGCUAAUUCUUAGAUGACCAGUAAGGAAAUGGAAUAACUGUUUUUUGAAGCCGAGGAUAGAGCACAGACUUGGUUUCUACAUAAAGCUGUAAAUAUAAAUUGUUAUGCACACAUUGCAGUGUGUUUUUCUUACUUAAGGAUUUGCCCUCAUUAUACAGCUGUCAUUUUAGAAUUAUAAUGUUAGGUGCCAUGGUCUGUGUCUGUUACAAAAGUCACCACUUGCCAUUGUGGCAAGUCAUCUGCUGCUGUGGAUUUUGUGGACUGCAUGCUUGUCCCACCCAGUGGCUGUUGAUGGUUACUACAGUGGCUUGUGUGGUUUUCCUGAUAUCUACUCCCACACCUUGCCUGAGCAGUACUUUUAGUAAUUUUUUUUCUGGUUAUCCAUGCAAAAAUAAAGCCCUUUCCUGAAUGGAUCUGUUGGGCUGUGGACAUGAAUCACAUUAAAAAAAACUCUAAUAUAGUUUUUUGUUUGGCAUUGCAUAUCAGCUGUGGUGAUAACUUGUAAAACCACCACCACAUGCCUCUGUGCAUAACAGCACACUGUGUGGUUUCUGUUCCUGCCAUUUUAAAGGGGCUUUUACUUGAAACUGUCUGAUAGGAUAUGGUGUAUAUAGCAUAAGAAACUUGUAAUGCAAUGGUGUCGUUGCUCACUGUAAGCACUUUGCGCCCUUCAAUAUGGACUACUAUACCCGAAGAAAUGUAGUGCAAUAUGUCAAGUUCCUACUGGAAGUGUUUGCCUGAAUCUUUUUCUACUGGAACAAAAACUGAUUUACAUAUAUGCAUUGUACAGUGAAGUACAAAACAGGGGGCCAACCAAAUAUGAAGAAUUAUACAUGAGUAUAGCAAUAUUUAAGUUAUAUAAUGUUACAUAUUGUUACUGAAGCAAAUAUAUUCAGUGUCAGAGUCCUAAAAUAUUAUGUAUAUUUAAAUGUCUAUGGGCACAAUGUGUGUACAUUUAAAGUAUCUCUAAAGUACACUUAUUUUGUACUAAAGAAAAGAAGAAAUGCUUUUCAUUUUCAAAUAAAAUAUGCAGUAUUAAACUUA